CUGCACACUAGGUGGCGGUGUAUGCCCCUUUAAGUUGGAUGCGUGUUGGAUGACUCUUGUCAAUGGCUCUGGGGAAUCUCAGCAGUUUCCAUGGACACGCACUAGACUAGAGUGAAGUGCUACGCCCCUCGCCGCUCUUUUUGAACUGCUUUACCGCCCUAUCGUCCCGUCAUUGGGGCUUGGCAAAGUUGCCCUAGUGUCGACAGCUACGCUAUGGAUGGAUCAAGAGUCUAUGAAGUUCAGACGAGAAGAUUGACAGCAUUUAUCGGGAAUAAUCUAUCUUUGCAACUGCCUCAUUGCUAACUAGCAUUGCUGACCAUUUACUUAUACCAGAACAACAGACACUGGCUGUGGCGGGACCAAUAGCUAAUUGUCUGGUUUGUUUAUUGCUAGCAGGUAGCUAGAGCUAACUAUCUGACAUUGCUAAUCUAGCUAGCUCUAGCUAACUGGCUGCGGUGCUGUCCAGUUUAUUGAAGAUUUCACCAUGAGUACCAACGCGGAAAGGAAGUUUUUAAACCUUAGGAAACGGUUGGACCAGUUAGGAUACAGACAGCCUUUGGGGAUCGAGACCUUGCCACUGGUUGAAAAACUGUUCAGUGAUUUGGUCCACACAACCGAAAGCCUGCGCAACACUAAGAUGAAUGCAGGAAAAACAGAGAAAGAGAGCCGCAAUCUUGAUGCCCUUCUGGAGCCAUACAAGACGGAGAAUGCUCGAAUUGUCAGAGAAAACAAUGAGCUACACAGUGGCUUACUCAAACUCAGAGAAGAAAAGGACUUGGUUAGCCGAGAACUGAAAGCGUUUAUCAGGAAGCUGGAUCAUGAGACGUCUGAUCUGAAGUUCCUAAAUAACCAGUAUGUGCACAAAGUGCGGGCCAUGGAGAAGGAGAGCAAAGUCAUGAAACAGCGCAUCCAACAGCUGCAGGAGAAAAACAUGCAAGCCGUGGUGCAAACCCCAGGUGGGAAAAAGCACAGCAUCCCUUUCCGACGUCAGAGGAUGCAAAUAGACGAACUCGUUCCUCCAGCGUCAGGACCCACUCAGCCUGUGCCGCAGCCCGAUGACCCGUAUAUUGCUGAUCUCUUGCUGGUUGCUGAUGACAGGAUCACAGAACUGCAGCAGGACAUCGUCAAACUGAAACUAGACCUUGAAAGAGCUCAGGGAGGCAUCAAGCACCUAAACUCACAAGUUGAAGAGAGGGAUCGGGAGAUUGAGCGGUUGACUCGCGCGCUGGACGGAGGGCGCCCUCACAACGUCAUCUCGCUAGAGGCUCAGACCAUCAGCAACGAGAAACUAAUAGCCCACCUAAACCUCCAGAUCGAGUACCUGCAGGAGACCAACAGGACGCUGGAGCAGAAGGUGCAGGCGCUGCAGCAGAGGAGGCAGGACGCCUCCGGCGAGGUGGCCGACCUCAGCGCCAAGAACCAGGAGCUGUGUCAGGAGCUCACGGACAUCGACCAGCUGGCCAAGCAGCUGGAGAGGGACAAGGAGAUGGUCCUGGCGACCGCUGACCAGGAACUGCAAGAGACCAAGAAAGAGAUCCAAAGGCAACAUGAAAUGAUAAUGGAUUUGGAGGAAGCAAACGUCAGAAUGAGAAGGAACCACUCCGAGGGCGACUUUGAGAAAGGUCGUCUGAGGGACCAGAUGACUGAGCUCAGGGAUCAAAACGCCAAGAUGGAGGGACUGAUCCACUUCCUGAAGGAGGAGACCACGAGGCUCCAGGAGAAACUCGACGCCGCGCUAGCAGCUGAGAAAGAGCUGGUGCUGGAGCUGGAGAGGAUGCGGACCAAGCACGGCGUGUGCGGCAGGGAGCGCUCGCCGUCGCGCCUCGACGUGUUCGUGAGGAGCCUGGAGGAGGAGAGGGACCACUACAAGCAGGCGGCGGAGCGCUACCUCGGGAGCCUGGGACCAGGGACCACCCCCAGCCCCGGUAGAGACGCCAGCCCCAGGGUCAGGCGAGGCUGGAACAGCAAAGGCGGCAGUCUGGAGUCUGAGUUGUCUCGGACAGCGAAGGAGAGGGAUGAGCUGCGGGCCAUCCUACUGGGCUUCGAGAGACACAUGGAGGAUAUCAGGAUCAACGUGAAGACCCUCACUGUGGAACGAGACCAGCUCAGUGCACAGUGCAAACAGGUCAGUGAGGAUCUGAUUCGGGCUCGCCAGCUUGAAGGACAGCUGUCGGCUGAGGUCACGAGGUUGGAGGAGCAGGCCGACGUCGAACGACAACGGGUGACCUCUGAACGGGAUGCGUUCGGGGAACAGCUCAAGGACGCGCAAACUGCUGCUCUCGCAAUCGGAGAGGUCGAGGAGCAGAAAAGGAUUCCAAAUCUGGAGAAUGCCAUGAAGACUCUGCAGAGGGAGCGGUCGGACCUGCAGUCUCAGGUGACGCUGCUGAAGGAGGGCCGCCUGGCCGCGGAGGACGAACUGACGGCCCGGUGCUCUGCCCUGGCCCAGGCCGCCGAGGAAAACGCCCAGCAGCGAGCCGAGUCCAACGCACUGCGGUUGCUCCAGGAGCAGAUGGAGCAGUCGUUGUUCGACGCGCAGCACCGGCUGCUCGUCAAGACCAACGAGCUCCAAGCCGCUCACCACCAGAUUGAGAAACUGGAAGAGAAAAUAGGGGAGAUGGACCUGAGGGGCUCCACGCAGCACGGCGAGGCCCGCACGCUGCAGAAGACGGUGUCGGCUCUGGACAGGGAGAAGGACGCGCUGCAAGAGGCGGUGGACCAGAAGACGGAGAAGAUGGUGGUGCUGCAGGAGGAGCUGUCCAGGAAGGACAAAACCCUUGAAGAUGUGAGAAGGACUGUUACAGACAUGGAGAGCUCUCUGGAUCAGCUGAAGGGGGCGCUAAGCAGCCGCGAAAGAGAGAUAGGCAGUCUGAGACGACAGCUGAACGCCGCCCAUGAAGAGCUGGCGGUGACCGGCCGAGACCGAGAGGUCACCCUGAGAGAGAACCGGAGGCUCCAGGACGACCUGGCCACCAUGACCAGGGAGAACCAGGCCGUCCAUGGGGAGAUGGAGGAGGUCCUGCACGAGAAAGAUGAGCUAAAGAUGAGGGUUCACUCCUACAUAUCAGAGGUGGCCCGGAUAGAAAGCUUGAUGGCUUUGAAGGAGCAGGAGAACCGGGACAUGCUGGAGCAGUUCCGAGCGGCCCACUAUGAGGUCGAGGAGCGGGGGAAAAAGCUGGAGCAGGUCCAGGGCCUCAACAACUCCAUCCAUCUGGAGCUGCUGUCCUCGGACACCGAGCGCCGGCACCUCCGGGAGAAAGUCAGCCACCAGGAGAGAGAGAUCCAAGAGCACAUGAGCGCUCUGCAGGCGUACGAGUCCCAGGUGUCAUCCCUGGGCCGGGAGAUGUCCCGGCUGGAGGAGGAGCUGCGGGCGGCGCGCGAGGAGCGGGCCGCCGUGCUGUCCGACCUGGCCUCCGUCAGGGAGCUGUGCGUCAAGCUGGACUCCAGCAGGGAGCUCACCACGCGCCAGCUCAACUCCAGGAGCAUGGAGAUGGAGAGGGUCACUGGCGAGCUGGAGGACGUGCGAUCGGAGACGGACAUACUGAAGAAUCAGCUGGCAAACGAGCGACUGACCGUCCGUAACCUGGAGACGCUCCUGUCCUCCAAUCGACAGAAGGAGUUCCAGACCCACCUGAGUGCCAGCGAGAGGGAAUCUGAGCUGAAGAUUCUCCGGGACAGACUGGCCCUGGCAGACGGCAAACUUGUAGGAAAUGCCACAGAGGUUUCUCAGCUCAGAGGGAAAGUCUCUCAACUGCAGACAGAAAUGGACGUGUUGAAGAGGCAACUGACCACAGAGCGCUUCGAGCGCGAGCGGGCCGUGCAGGAGCUGCGCAGGCAGGGGCUGUCUCUCUCCUCCCUGCAGAACUCCUCCCCGCUCAGCACCUCUCUCGGCACCCGGCCCACUUCUCCGGAAAGGUCUAUCCUCCGAACGCCAGAGCGCUCAGACAGGUCUCCAGAGAAAAGUGUGAGCUUUAAGGAGUAGAAAAACUAAGCAAAGGAAGGGAAAGGAGCUGGAAAGCGAGAAGAAAAGCCUGUGGAAAGUUGACUCAUACGACACGGUUGCUAUAGGCUUGGACAUGCCUCCCUUGAUGAAAUACAGGUGCGUCAGAUGCAGAGGUUUGAUGAGCUUAAAGACCUAUUCAGACACGUAUGUAUUGCACUAUGUGUUCCCUUUUUCACAGUCUGCCUCCAAUUCCACUGGUCGUGAUUCAGGGCAUUAGAUAUUAACAUGGCUGUUUUUGUUUACAUGUGGAAUGUCCAAUCUUGUUCUGAGAAAGCUACCUCCCAGUAUGAUUUCACUCCAACCCCAACUUUUACUACCCCUGAUUCAGCUAAUUAACCAAAUAAGGAUUUUUUUGUCAAAUGUAAGACAGUGGGUUUCAAGGAACAGGGGAAGUAGCCCUGGUGUAUCUUAGACACUGAAUGUGGAACUGGACAUGAUGUCUUUCUCUAUCAGAUGAAAUCAUGAUGUUCUUUUAAGUCUUAUAUUUGCAGAUAACAAUUAUAAUUGGUAUAAUGUUUCGUAUUUUUCUCUCCAAAAUAACUUUUUAAAUGUUUAUCAGACCUAGUCAAUUGUUUUGUUGUAUUUUUUUUAAUUAAAAUGUUACAUUCUGUAUGGUACUGUAUGUUCAUAACAUAUUGUAUGUUUGGUGUUACUUAAAUUAAGUUAUUAAUAGAAAUAAAGUAUU